ACUUGAGGAUGGGAAGAGGGAGCCUACCUUAUCUCGAACCGGAGCUGGUCGUUGGUGGCGAGACUCCACGAAAACCAGAGGCCCCUGCUAGUAGACGCUUUCGGGGUGCCCGAUAAAACCAGCGCGCACCUUCCAGAGACCAGUCAAAGAGGAUACGCCAAGCUGCCUCUCAGCACUUCGUCGUCCCAUCCAAGGAGAACGUUCCGUUGACUCUCUGGCGAACAGCGCGUUCGUAUCGUUGUGCAGAAAGUAAGAUCACCAUGCUCCCCACUGCCACGUUGCUGGCGCUUGUCGUGGUACAAGCCUCGGCCGCUAGCUUUGGCAGCGGCUUCGCCGCCUCACCGGUAGGGGCGCCCUUCUCGGCUGGUGGCCCUCCAGGUGGCGCAGCUGGGCCUGCGUUCGGGCCCCCUGGCGGCUCAGCGUUUCCAGGAUACCCGGGUGCAGCCGGUGCUGCUCCCGGAAUGACCAUGCCCUCUGAGCCCAGCUGCCCGCCAACCAACGGCAUGGUUCCUCUGUACGUGCCCGAUCCCGAUGACUGCACGAAGUAUACGGUGUGCAGCGGCGGUUUCGGCAUGAAGCUCGACUGCCCGCCCGGACUGCACUUCAACAGCGUCACCAACCACUGCGACUAUCCGCCACUCGCCGGCUGUGAAGAAAUUCCACCUGAAGACCCAACGACGCUGACGGGGCCCCCCGGAAUCAAGAAGGAUGCUUAUUUCGACAUGAGCCUUCUGAGUGGGCCCGGCUACCCAAUCCUCCUCGGACAACCGAACCCCGGAAUCGGUCAACUGAAGAACCCUCCCGGCAAGCCCAGUGCUCCCGCAGCCUUGCUUGUUGCUGAAAGUAAGAUCACCAUGCUCUUCAUUGCCACGUUGCUGGCGCUUGUCGUGGUACAAGCCUCGGCCGCUAGCUUUGGCAGCGGCUUCGCCGCCUCACCGGUAGGGGCGCCCUUCUCGGCCGGUGGCCCUCCAGGUGGCGCAGCUGGGCCUGCGUUCGGGCCCCCUGGUGGCUCAGCGUUUCCAGGAUACCCGGGUGCGGCCGGCGCUGCUCCCGGAAUGACCAUGCCCUCUGAGCCCAGCUGCCCGCCAACCAACGGCAUGGUUCCUCUGUACGUGCCUGACCCCGAUGACUGCACCAAGUACACGGUGUGCAGCGGCGGCUUCGGCAUGAAGCUCGACUGCCCGCCCGGACUCCACUUCAACAGCGUCACCAACCACUGCGACUAUCCGCCACUCGCCGGCUGUGAAGAAAUCCCACCUGAAGACCCAACGACGCUGACGGGGCCACCCGGAAUCAAGAAGGAUGCUUAUUUCGACAUGAGCCUUCUGAGUGGGCCCGGCUACCCAAUCCUCCUCGGACAACCGAACCCCGGAAUCGGUCAACUGAAGAACCCUCCCGGCAAGCCCAGUGCUCCCGCAGCCUCUCCUGCGACAAAAGCCACACAGACGACGAUGGCAAUGGGGCACCCGACGUUCUUGUUCGCCGUGUUCGUCGCGACAGUCACCGCGUCCAUGACGUCAGCGGCACUGUUCGCCAGUCCAGGCGGACCACCCGCCAAUCCACCGCCACCGGGUGUCGGAGGCAGCCCCGGCGCGUUCGGAGGAUUCGGCGGUGGUGCCCCACCGGGUGGCGCACCUCCCGGUGGAGCUGGCGGUGCACCUGCCGGCGGUCUACCCUCCGAUCCCAGCUGCCCGCCAACCGACGGCAUGGUUCCUCUCUACGUACCAGAUCCGGACGACUGCACCAAGUACACCGUCUGCAGCGCAGGCUUCGGCAUGAAAUUGGAUUGUGCGCCGGGACUGCACUUCAACAAAGUCACCAACCACUGCGACUUCCCGCCUCUCGCCGGUUGUGAAAAGAAGGACGCGUGGACUCCACAAGGUGGUAGAAAAGGCAGGCGUGCUCCUUUAUCCCCCGUCACAGACUCGACAAACGGCUGCCAGACUAGUCGGCCGAUUCCAGUCACCGUACAGAAAGCUCCUGCGACAAAGGCCACACAGACGACGCUGGAAAUGGGGCAUCCGACGUUCUUGUUUAUUGUGUUCGUCGCGGCAGUCACCGUGUCCCUGACGUCGGCGGCACUGUUCGCCAGUCCCGGCGGACCACCCGCCAAUCCGCCACCACCGGGUGUCGGGGGCAGCCCCGGCGCGUCCGGCGGUUUCGGCGGUGGUGCACCACCGGGUGGCGCAGCUCCCGGCGCAGCUGGCGGUGCACCUGCCGGCGGUCUACCCUCCGAUCCCAGCUGCCCGCCAACCGACGGCAUGGUUCCUCUCUACGUGCCAGAUCCGGACGACUGCACCAAGUACACCGUCUGCAGCGCCGGCUUCGGCAUGAAAAUGGAUUGCGCGCCGGGACUGCACUUUAACAAAGUCACCAACCACUGCGACUUCCCGCCUCUCGCCGGUUGUGAAGUCAGCGCGUGAUCGGACUCGCGAUGACGGCGCGUACCUACGGAACCUGUACACGACGACGUGUCAGUGCCGUAGACCUUCUUGAGCAUUAAUGAUAGCUUUAGCUUGUCCGGGUACGCAUUAUACCGUUCACGCGAUACAGAAUAAUGAAGGCGUAGACGUCAGCAGCAGUGCCGGAGUCGCCACCUUGCGACGUUGAAUCGAAGCAGAGCGCAUUAAGUUGUCAUUGUUCAAUGAUGGGCAAUGCACAACACAGCUGCUACAGCACAAAGGUGUUGGCAGCAUCCUAAUCGCCGAAUGUACAAAUGCUGUUUUCUUUUCCUGUGACUAAAAAAGUGAAGCAACGCGAUAACGUUUAGUUAUGACACUUUAUCGUUGAAGAAACUGCCACAAGAUGUGGCUACCCGCUCUGUUGCUGCCGUCCAUGUCUGCGUUACGGCAUUACUUAAACUGCAAACUCUUUAUGACAGAAUAAAGCUGUACGCACUCUUUCUCAAGUGAAAAGCAUGGAAGCCCGUGUCCUCAAGAAUGCCUGGUUCAGGAGAUGCGCUUUGCAGUAAAGUCGGAAAUAAACAGUUUGAACUUUGUUCAUUAAAUCGUGA